GCUUCCCUCCGCCCCGCUCCCUCCUCCCUCUUCCAUCGCCGGGCUUUGGCGGCGACGGAGAGAACGGGACGGGCCCGGCCCCACAGCGCGGGACGGCGGGCGUCUGAGCGAGUUGUUGUUCCGCCGGCGCCCCCCGGGAGACUCGAGUUUUCCUGGGUGAAUGUGGAAAGAGAAGUUUGCACACCUGAAAUGGAGGUCAGAGCUGCAUUACAGAAGGUUAGUGGGUCAUCUGAUUCUGUGGCUACAAUGAACAGUGAGGAAUUUGUUUUGGUUCCUCAGCAUGCAGAUGAUACCUCUACAAAAGAUGAGGAGGAAAGGCCACAACUGAAGGUAGCUUCCAAUGGUGAUGAACAAUUGGAAAAAGCCAUGGAAGAGAUUUUGAGAGAUUCUGAGAAAGGACAAAACAGUCAUCUUGUUGAUUGUCAUAGUUCCAGUGAGAUUUCAGACCAUUCAUUUGGAGAUGUUCCAGCCAGCCAAACAAAUAAGCCACCUCUUCAGUUAGUUUUGGAUCCAUCUAACACAGAAAUUUCCACACCCAGACCCUCUUCUCCAAGUGAACUUCCUGAAGAAGAUAGUGUUUUAUUUAACAAAUUGACCUACUUAGGAUGUACAAAGGUUUCUUCACCACGUAAUGAAGUGGAGGCCUUACGGGCAAUGGCAACCAUGAGAUCUUCCAGUCAGUACCAUUUCCCUGUUACUCUGUAUGUUCCAAAUGUUCCAGAAGGUUCUGUGAGAAUCAUAGAUCCAUGCAACAAUGUGGAGAUAGCAUCUUUUCCAAUCUAUAAGGUGUUAUUCUGUGCACGUGGGCAUGAUGGCACAACAGAGAGCAAUUGCUUCGCAUUUACAGAGAGUUCUCAUGGUUCAGAAGAAUUUCAAAUACAUGUUUUUUCUUGUGAAAUUAAAGAGGCAGUAAGCAGAAUUUUAUAUAGUUUCUGUACUGCUUUCAAACGUUCAUCCAGACAAGUGUCUGAUGUUAAAGAUUCCAUUAUUCCAACCCCCGACAGUGAUGUGUUUACCUUCAGUGUCUCCUUGGAGGUUAAAGAAGAUGAUGGAAAAGGAAACUUUAGUCCUGUGCCUAAGGAUAGAGAUAAAUUUUAUUUCAAAUUAAAGCAAGGAAUAGAGAAGAAGGUUGUGAUUACAGUUCAGCAACUUUCUAACAAAGAAUUAGCUAUUGAAAGAUGUUUUGGAAUGUUAUUAAGCCCAGGUCGAAAUGUGAAGAACAGUGACAUGCAUUUACUGGAUAUGGAAUCCAUGGGAAAGAGCUGUGAUGGGAGAGCCUAUGUCAUCACUGGCAUGUGGAACCCUAAUGCACCAAUAUUUCUGGCACUUAAUGAAGAAACCCCAAAAGAUAAACGAGUGUACAUGACAGUGGCAGUGGAUAUGGUAGUCACAGAAGUGGUGGAGCCUGUCCGCUUUCUCCUGGAGACCGUGGUCCGUGUGUACCCUGCAAAUGAGCGGUUUUGGUAUUUCAGUAGGAAGACAUUCACAGAGACUUUCUUCAUGAGGUUGAAACAGUCUGAGGGAAAAGGCCAUACCAGUGCUGGAGAUGCAAUAUAUGAGGUGGUGAGUCUACAGAGAGAGUCUGACAAGGAGGAACCAGUCACUCCUACUAGUGGAGGGGGUCCAAUGUCACCCCAAGAGGAUGAAGCAGAAGAGGAGAGUGACAAUGAACUCUCAAGUGGAACUGGUGAUGUGUCUAAAGAUUGUCCUGAGAAGAUCCUCUAUUCCUGGGGAGAAUUGCUAGGAAGAUGGCACAAUAACCUUGGUGCCCGACCCAAAGGGCUUUCCACUUUGGUGAAGAGUGGUGUUCCAGAAGCAUUGAGGGCAGAAGUAUGGCAAUUAUUAGCAGGCUGCCAUGACAACCAGGCAAUGCUAGAUAAAUACCGAAUUCUUAUCACAAAGGACUCAGCCCAGGAGAGCGUUAUUACUCGAGAUAUUCAUCGUACAUUUCCUGCACAUGAUUACUUUAAAGAUACUGGAGGAGAUGGUCAGGAAUCACUCUAUAAGAUCUGCAAGGCCUACUCAGUGUAUGAUGAAGACAUUGGGUACUGUCAAGGACAGUCUUUUCUUGCUGCUGUAUUGCUGUUACAUAUGCCAGAAGAACAAGCAUUCUGCGUUUUGGUGAAAAUCAUGUAUAACUAUCGCUUGCGAGACCUUUACAAAAACAACUUUGAAGAUCUUCAUUGUAAAUUUUUUCAGCUGGAGAAACUAAUGCAGGAACAGCUACCUGACCUACACAGCCAUUUUUGUGAUCUGAACCUGGAAGCUCAUAUGUAUGCAUCCCAGUGGUUCCUCACUCUGUUUACUGCCAAGUUUCCACUCUGCAUGGUGUUCCACAUCAUUGACUUACUGCUUUGUGAGGGUUUGAACAUAAUCUUUCAUGUAGCCUUGGCUCUUCUAAAGACCUCAAAGGAAGAUCUUCUACAGGCUGAUUUUGAAGGUGCUUUGAAGUUCUUUAGAGUUCAGCUUCCAAAGAGAUACAGAGCAGAGGAAAAUGCAAGAAGAUUGAUGGAGCAGGCUUGCAAUAUUAAAGUACCAACCAAAAAGCUAAAGAAAUAUGAAAAGGAAUAUCAGGCAAUGCGGGAGAGUCAGCUGCAACAGGAAGACCCAAUGGAUAGAUACAAGAGGGAGAACCGAAGAUUACAGGAGGCCAGCCUGAGGUUGGAACAAGAGAAUGAUGACCUUGCGCACGAGCUAGUAACCAGCAAAAUUGCCUUGCGGAAUGACUUGGACCAGGCAGAAGACAAGGCAGAUGUGCUGAAUAAGGAACUCCUCCUCACCAAGCAGAGGCUGGUGGAAACUGAGGAGGAGAAGAGGAAGCAAGAGGAAGAGACUGCUCAGCUAAAAGAAGUCUUCAGGAAACAGCUAGAAAAAGCAGAAUAUGAAAUAAAGAAGACGACGGCUAUCAUUGCUGAAUAUAAACAGAUCUGUUCCCAGUUAAGUACCAGGCUGGAGAAACAGCAAGCAGCCAGCAAGGAGGAACUUGAAGUAGUAAAGGGUAAAAUGAUGGCAUGCAAACACUGCAGUGACAUUUUCAGUAAGGAAGGUGCUUUGAAACCAACAGCCAUAAGCAGCGAGGACCAGGGAAUUGAGGCAGACGACGAGAAAGACUCCCUUAAGAAGCAGCUGAGGGAGAUGGAGCUGGAACUGGCACAAACCAAACUGCAGUUGGUGGAGGCCAAGUGUAAAAUCCAGGAACUUGAACAUCAGAGAGGAGCCCUUAUGAAUGAAAUACAAGCUGCAAAAAACUCUUGGUUUAGCAAAACCCUGAACUCUAUCAAAACAGCCACAGGCAACCAGCCACUACAGCCACCACAGGCCACUCAGCCACCCAAGGAGAGCACAUAGUUGCAACCUCACCAAGCACAUGAGCACAAAGCUCAAAGCAAUGGAAACCUGAGAGAAUUCUUCAUGUAGUCCUUGGAAGGAAAGCCAAGAGGCCAGAAGCCAGUCAGAGUCUUUCAGUAGCGCUCCAUCUUUCAUGAACGGCACUUUUCAAAGGGAUGUUACUUAAAUUGACCUGAUUUAUGUCGAAUACCUAUUUUCCACUUCUUCAUGGAAGGCCAUCUUCAGAUCUAUCAUAGUAUUACAUGUUAUUUUAUAUGCCUGAUGUUUAGUUGGAAAUAAUUAAUCUUAAACUAAAUGCUUUUUAUAUAGAAUUAAUUAUUCAUGAUAAUUUUUAUCUUACCUAAAAAAUGGAAGCAUCUAGUAUCUAAGGUUGAAGUGAUAAGACCUCUGUCACAGAAAAAAAAAAAAAAAGGAACCUAGCCUCUUUAACUUUUCAGGACUUUUUCAGAUAAAGCACACUGUGAGGCUGGUCAUGAUCACCAUCGACUUUCAUCUUAAAAGUCAUUUGCAGAGUAGUGAUUCUCCUGUCCCAAGGAAAGAACAGACCAGGUUGAAAGUUCCCAAAGAUAAUUAUGUUUUGUUGGGCAAUCUGGACAUGAAGUACUAGGAACUGUGGGACAGACAGGCUGCUGAGAAUGUACACUAGGUAAAUGGAACUAAGCUUUUGACAAAUGUGCAAUAAAAUCAUUUGGCUAUGAUAUUCUAGCAGUUCCUUUCAAGAACUCUACCUGGAACUUAAAUGUUCCUCAUAUGGCUACAUGGGCAUGCUUGUGACUUGUGGCAAAUGUAAACACAAAGGUAGAUACUAUGGGUUGAAGACUUAGGGAAACUUCUCCAGAGAGAUUAGAAAGGCCCAGGCCUGGCCAGCCAUUGUGCUUAGAAUGUAAUAAAACAGUGAUGAGCUCAUUAAUGUUGACAGACUUGUUAAGGGAAACACUAAUGUCUUAUAACUUCACUAAAGGAUAUGCUGUUGCAAUGGAAAUUGAAGUCAGCUUCAUGUCACCAUAGCUGAAUGUUGGGCAAUUUUUCCUGACUUCUACACACUAAAAAUGAGGUAUGGAUAAAGAGAUACAAGUGUAUUCCUGGCAUUUUGGAUUGGCUAUAAAAUCUUUGUAGAAAUACUUAACUCAUGGAAAGGUGUUAUUUAAAAAUUGGUGCAAAUAGGUUUUCAGUUACAUUUGACAUGUCUAUAUAAAUAGCUCUUGUAAGAACAAAGCUGAGUCUCCCAUUUUCUAAGAUAUUAUGAAAGCAUCUGGUCCUUUUACAGCAACCAAACUACUGUCAGCUAUGUAGAGUGACACUGAUUUAUAUUCAUCUUGGCUUCAUUUUAAACAUACAGUUUUUCAAGAAUCUUCAAGUCUGUAUUGUCAGGGUGGGUCUUCUCUGUGCCAUAUGCUGCAGUUGUAAAUAAUGCAGUCUGACAAGCAUGUAUCAAAGGAUGCUUGUCAACCCCAAGAGGAUGCACUUCAGAUUUGCUCAUGGUAGAUCCUUUCCUCUACAAUGAUCUUUAAAUUCCAAAAGUGUAAUUCCCUUCAUCUACAACCCCAAGAAACUGAUGCCUACUUGGUCUCUGCUACAUUUGCCAAUAUAUUUUCCAUAUAGAAAUCUGUUUUGGUGAUAGUUCUCAUCAGAAGGUCCAUUUCUUUUAAUCCAAACGGGCAAUGACCCAGCAUUCCACAUACCUUUGGUGACUUUAACUUUUCCCACAUGGUUUUUAGUUAAGCUAUUUUUUUCUAUGAAUAUAGUGACUGGAAAAUUACAUUUUGUUUCUAUAAGUCAUUUAGUAUAUAGUCUCUUAGCUUUAUUGUCAUUUUAUGCUUUGAUUCAAGAAACCCUGUACAAGUUACCUUUUCAAAUGGCCAGCUAAACUAAAGAUGCAUUUUUGUUGUUGUUGUGAACUUCAUAGUACCAUUCAGAGCUCUCUUUGACUUCUGAAAAUAAAUACAUUCCACAGAAUGCCUAAGUUGCAUGAUUUUCCUCAAAUGGUAAUGAAAGAAAAACAGAAUGGCUCUAGGUCAAGUCUUAUCUGUAAAACUAGUUCAGGUUCAUAGCUUCUUUCCUUUUCCUUUCUAAACAAAAUCACCUUUAGAAGUUAGAUGAACCUAUCUUUUGAAUUUUCUUUUAACUACUAUGAAAGACAAAAAUAGUUUUUUCUUUUCCACCUACUUAGAGAUUACAUAUAUACCACUCACUGCAUUGUCUUUCAUUUGUAGCAAUAGUAAAGAUUGGAAAGAGAAUGCAAAACAUGAUAGGGGCUGUGCUUGUUCAUACAGUAUGUUACAACAGCAGUGCUCCAAAUCAAGUUUCCAUUAUUGUUGGUUGAAAACUCAUACAUGGCAACAUGAAGCAACUAUGCAUUUUAAUUUCACUUACUUUGAGAUAUAGUCAAAAAUUGCAAGUUAUUUUUUUCUUGAGACAGGAUCUCACCAUGUAACCUAGACUGACCUUGAACUUGAAACUCUCCUGCCUUAUCCUCCCAAGUGCUGAGAUUAUGGCAUGUGCCACCACAGAUAAAACUCCAUUAGAAUUCCUUUUAGAAGAAGAUCAUCCAGCAAAAUAUCCAGGAAAUCUUCAGUAUUCUAGUGGUUUUCAUCUCCUAACAUUUACAAUGUAAAAAAUAUUCCUCCAAAAAUCCAGUAGUUGCAACAUCUGAAAGUGAUCAUUUCUCUUUGUAUUAAGUCUGUAAAAUACACAGAAAAACCCUAAUAACUCAUUAGCUUUUGUUAUGCAAGUCUCUUAUUGAACACAUUCUUUAAGCUGUCAGAAAACAAGUUGGAUUUUGGAUGCAUAUUUUUGCUAGCUUUCCCCAAGUCAUGACAUGACUUAGUUAUAUUUAGUACAAACAAUUUAAUGCAAAGAAAUUUUCAGUUCACUAAGAUUCUGUACAUGAGUGCCUAUCAGAAAGGGUAAUAAAAUGCUAUAUAGGUCUGCAACCUGUCUUUUCAUACAACAAAUAUCUCUCUUUCCCUCUUCCAGCUAUUAAAUUGGUGAUUUCUUCAUUGGCUUUAUUAAAAUGACCUGGAAAAGUGAAAGAGAAACUUUUGUGCUGAUGUUAAUAGUUUAAUAAUUUUCAUUGUCUUUCAUUUUUAAAAAGUUAAUACAGUUCUGUGUAUUAAUAUUUAUUUUUUCUCUAAUUCCUAUUCUAUUUCAAAUAUUUUCCAGUUAAUAACAGUGGUUUCAUUUUUUAGCUGAAGUUAGAAAACCUAGACAAUACAUAGGCAAGGGCACUGCAGAUAAAUUUAGACCUUGUCAGGAGUCCAAGAACCAAUGCUGGGUAUGGUUUUGUACACCAACAAUCCCAGCAUUCAGGAGGUUGAAGCAGAGGGAUUGCUAUGACUUCAAGGCUAGCUUGGGCUACAUAGUGAGUUCUAGGCCAACCAGGAUUACAUAGUGAGACCCUGUCUCAAAAACAUCAAACAAAAGAAUCAAAUGUGUAGCUAAUGUCAAAACCAACCUUUCCAGUGCUCUAGCUGAAAUCAAGUCUGCUAAUGAUCUCACCAGCUCUGAGCAUCAGACACAAAGGUGGUUACCAGCUUUUUAGGACUCCUUAAAGGGACAAAAAGAACAUUUUAAAAAUACCAUUUUUUAUUAAAAAAAAACACUUAUAAUUCCUUAGCACAAUGAUUGUAACUUAUUUAAAAAACAAUGGCUGAUUCUCUUCCUCAAUACUAAGUAAAUAAAGAAUGAACAAAUUCUGUUGUAUAAUUUGAACACCUAGAUUUUUGAAUAUUUAUGUGCUCUGUGUGUGUGUGUGUGUGUGUGUGUGUGUGUGUGUAUGUAUGACACAGAGAGAGAUUAGUGAAAUUUUAUUGAGUAUUCCUGUUUCUUUUGUAUACCACAUAACAUGCAACCAAAUAACACAUUAAGAUUUCAAGACAUGGUGAGCAAAACUAGAAGCCCAGCCAUCAGCUCUGUGAUAUAAAACUCUGUCAAGUCACUUUUGUUGAUGGUCACAUUGAAAUAGAAUUGUCUGAAAACAUUAUUCCUUUCUCAUGGUGGCAUUUAUGUAAUAUAUGCAAAGCACUUUAACCCUACCAAAUUCAUUAACUAACUUUCAAAAUUUACAAAAGUGAAGAUUCCAAUAAGAACUAAACCUCAAUAGGUGAUGGUGACCUUUGAAUUGUAAAGAGAAAAGUAGAUGUUUGUGGGAUUUUAGUGACUGGUGUAUCUUUGCAGUUUCCUCUCAAAAACUAUAUCUCAAGCUUACCUUCAAGUAAACUUGCUAUCAGCUAUAAAAUCAUCUCCAUCAAAAUAAAUCCUAUCUUCUCUGCUACUGUCUCUGGUAUAGCCCUAGUUGUAUUCUAAAACAUUUGAGAAAAAAAUAAAUCCUUGAAAAUAAACUAAAUAUUUUAAAAUAUUUUCCUCUUCCAGUGGCAUUUGGUUAAUAUGUAAGACCUUUUUCACUAAAUUACAACUUUAUAUAACUAUAUUGUAGGUGGUAUAAGCUCAAGAAAACUGAGUUGUGAAAAUAUAAAUGUAUCAAAAGACUAGUGACAUGAAAGCACAAUAAGAAAACUGGAGAUGUCCUGGAACUCAAGAUGUCCCAACAGACUUCUGCAUCAGUUUCUGUAUUUUUCAUUGUUUUGCAUAAAAUGCAUGAAUUCUUAGGUCAAAGUUUGGAAAACUGUUCUCAGUUAACCCACUUCCUUUCUCUCCAACUCCCCCCUUUCCCUUAGUUGAGGAGGUAGUAGAAAUUUUAUGCUACCUUUUUCUAUUUUUAUGAAACAUGAUUUUCCCCCAGCAUCUACAAUGAAGACAGGUUAUAGCAUAAAGAAGUUGAGUAAUCUGAAGAGUGCUAAUUGGCUGCAAAAGAAACAUUAGUCAUCACCCUCUUCCUCUAUAAACUCUGACCAAUUAGAUGUUUCCAUAUGCAAUGUAUUAUGUAUAGUACACUCUUAAUGUAAAUGUAAUGCCUGUUAAGAAAGUGCAAUUUAUUGUACAUUGUCCCAACAAAUGUUUACUUUUAUAUUCACCAUGAACUUGAAUUGGAUUGGUAACUUGUUCUCUUGUGUGAAUGAAACCUUGUGAAAUAAAAAAUGCAACCUAGAAGGUAACAAGGUGAUUGCUUUUGUGAGCCAGUGAUGUUUUUAAUGCUUUGUGUUGGCCCUUUGGGCCCAUUAAAUAGUAAUAAACAUUUGUUCUGAAGUCCA